AUGAGUAAUACGGAUGAGCGCCGGUCACGAUCUCCGGCUACACGUCGGAAUGGAACACUGCAGUCUUGCGAGCCUUGUCGACGAUCAAAACAGCGAUGUGAUCACGACCGGCCAUUUUGCCGCAGAUGCGCCACGAAAGGCAUCAAGGACCAAUGUUUCUAUCACCCAGCCCCGAUGACGAGGCGGAGGACCUCUGAACAUGUAGGUUCAAACAAGGUUUCUUCUAGUCGGCUCACAAGCCAGCCCACUUCCAAUGCUUCUAGCCCAGGGUCAUUGCAUGGUGGACGCUUAUAUGCACCAUUAGAGCUCCCAUCAGCCUUUCCGGGCUAUCUUGGGUCUAGCAGCUUCUCAGCGGUUCUGGCAGAACAUCGCAAUGAGAUUCCCUUUGAGCAAGAAGAAAACACGGAUCCUUGUCCAGUGCUAUCAGUGGAGCCUGAUCGAGUUCAGUCUGGCGCAGAAGUCUUGUUGUUUCUCUACAACCUUAAGGACCACCGAAAAUUGGUGGAUAAAUUUUAUUCCUCAUCAUGGAAUGUGGUGGUGCCUAAAAUGGUCAUGGAUGCCAUUCUCAACUCUAUCCAGCAAAUUUUCGACGGGCUCGACGUCAAUAAUCUCAUGCCUCAACUACAGAAUCUGGCUACCCAGAUUUUUCGAAAUUCGUCACGUGCAUUGAAAACAUACCGAUCUAUGACUGCCGAGGAGUAUUGCGCUUCAUUCACUGGUCACAACUUUCGCUGGGAAGCCCUGGGCAAUAUUUUUACACUGUGCGGGCAGCAGCUAGUGAUCACACCUGACAACGACCCUGAGGUUGUCCACGGGGAUGAUCCUCAGGCAAAGGACCGAUUACUUGAACAGGUUACUGUAGCAAGUACCAUUUGUUUGAAUUUCUGCGAUCAAGCAUCCGCAGCCAAUGAGAUGCUGGCAUUUCUGCAAUACAACGAUGUUAUGCUACGUACGCAGCAAUAUGGAGACUCGAGUUAUCAAGCAUGGCGUCGACUUGGUGAUCUGGUCGCUACGAUCUAUGCUGCUGGGCUGCAUAUGGACACCGAAGGCAGUGAAAAUUGCCCCUUCUUCCUGCGACAAUGGCGAAGAGGAUGCUUUAUCUCUGCAUUUUACAUGGAUAAGAUGAUGGCAACAUUUGUUGGCAGACCACCUCUCAUGAAUUACAGAUAUUGCAGCUUGACUCCUCCCCUUGACUUGAGUGAUGAUGUUCUAGUCACAGGAGGCGACGCCCUCGAACAAGCCAUAUCGGAGCUGAAUAGCGCGGGCUGGAAUACAAAAGGCGUCCGUAAUAGAAUGACUCCAAGCCGAUUGCGAUUCCAACUUUCUAUCUUCCGGGAAAGGACACUUGAGAUCACAUUAGGGACCUUCGGGCCUCAGGAUCUCAUUCAAAAGUCCAAUGAAAUCCAAGAUACCGUUCGAGCAGUCUGGGAGUCGACACCGGAUCAUCUCCGAUAUGAUCAGCGUAAAAGCGAUGAGUUCCAUCAUGGUUGGCUGACGGUUGUUUACCUUUACCUCUACUACCUCUACACCUGCUUCCUACUCCAGCGGGCGCUGAUUAAACACACGAAUACCGGACAUGAAGCUCUGUUUGAUACCUCACGCCAAAUUCUGACCAUUGUCAUCGGCAUAACUUCCAGACGGAACCCAAUGGUAGAUCUCGACAGGCAUUAUUCGUGGAUUGCCCUCACAUAUGGCAUCCCAAGCUCUAGUGUUCUUCUACUUGAGCUUUUACGCCAAUCGCAUGAACCUGGCCCACAUAACGUGCAUCUCCCACGCGCCGAGCUGAUCCGUAGCUUAAGCGUGUUCAUUUCUAUUCUUUCUUGGAUAGCACGUCCAGGCCAUGGGAAUUAUCAUACAUGCAAAGAAGCCGAGAAGAAUCUGUCUCGCAUUCUGGAUCAAGUUCUUGACCCACAACCCGUGCAUGCAGAGAUGGUCCAGGAUGUGACUUCUGGCCUAUCCAGUUUCUUGAACUGGUCAACAUAUAACAAUUGGGACUUCAGCUCGGAGUACUUCCCUCCCGCAAAUGGAUUUGUACCGUGA